CUACGUCACGUUGGCGGGAGGUGGUAGCUGCCGUCAUUUUAAAUCCACAUUUUCUUUCCACUCAACUUCCAGCGUUGAACUCUGAUAUAAAACUGUCCUGACAUGUCGACUUCAUCUGUGUCGAAGGGCUGUUUUGUUUUCAAACCAAGUGCGAAGAAGAAGAAGAAGCAGCUGAGUUUAGAGGACCAUUUCACUGACGGCUGUGAAGGUGCUGAAAACAGUGAAGUACGAUUCAAGCUCUGUCAGCUUCUGUGGGAGCGAAUCAAAACAGACACAGAGGUCUUACAGGAUGAGCUCAACAGGAAAGUCCUGGACAGUUUGUUGGACCUAACCAGGAAAUGCUCUUCCACUCGUCAACACAGUGACUGGGCGUCGAAGAUGAGAGCCAGUGAGAUACCCACUGCAGCUCUAGUCCUUGGUGUGAACGUCCCAGAUCAUGACAUGACCUUCCAGAGUCUGUCGGAGCAGCUCCAGCAGUCUGUCACCCCUCAUGUGGCCUCGGUCCAGGCCAAGGAGUGUGGAACAUUGAAGCAUUUGAUGAAGAGGGUGCUGGAGAAGUUAACAGGCACAGAUGUGGCCGUGGAUGAUGAUGAGGAAGAGGAGGAGGCUGAGCAGACGAGUGCUCCGCUCCUCAAGGGCGCCCACUGCUCCCUCGGUACACUGUGCGACUGGUACAACACAAAAAGAAAGAAAUCCAGCGGUGGUACUCCUGGAAAGAAGCGAAGUUCUCCAGCCAAAGAUGAGCAACAACAGCCUCCUGUCGUAAUUAUUUUUAAAGACUUGGAGGCUUUCAAUCCAAGGGUUCUUCAAUCCUUCAUCCUCAUCUGCAGUCUGUACAUCGAACGUCUGCCGCUGAUGUUCAUCUUCGGCAUCGCCACGUCACCCAGCACCAUCCAGCACAUGUUGCCUCACUCUGUGUCCUCCCUGCUGUGCAUAGAGCUCUUCCAGUCCCUGUCCUGCACCCAGCAUCUGGCCACAGUCAUAGACAAGUUUAUCCUGACACAUCAGUUCCCGUUUAAGCUCAAUGGCAAAGUGAUGCAGGUGCUGAUCAGCAUUUUCCUCUACCACGAUUUCUCAGUGAGAAACUUCAUCAAGGGGGUUCAGCUGGCUCUGCUGGAGCACUUUCACUCGCAGCCUCUGAGCGUUUUGUGCUGUGCGAAGAAGGAGGCUCUUCUGAACGUGACACAGCUCAGUGUCCGCGACCUGGAGAGGAUCAGACAGCUGCCGUCGUUCAAGAGGUAUGUAGAGAGGCAGGAAACUGAGGAGCAGGUUCGUCUGUUGAAGGACGAUGGUUAUUUAAAGGAUGUGUGUCAGAGGCUGAUAAAAGACCUUCGCAAAUACCACAAGAACUACUACCCCGUCCUGAGAUGCCUCCACACGCUGGCCUCGUCAUUACCUCGCUACCCUCUCGGGAAACAGAUCAGGGAGCUCCAUUUAAUUUGCCUCGAGAAGAACGUGUGGGAGAAUGAAGAUUACCAGUCGGCCAUGAAGCUUCUGAAGAUGCUGGCGAAAGAAGAGCUGGUCAUGCUGCUUCAGAGGUGUGCUGAGAUUCUGCAGCAGGUCAAGUCAAAGAAGAUGAAGAACGCUCUUAACCAGCUUGAGGAGAUGCUCAUCAAAUUCAAGCAGUUGGACACAGCGAAGGCAGCUGUUGAAUCUGUCCCUGAUGUGGAAGAGAGCUUCACGUCUCCAGUGAAAAACCUUCAAAAGAAAACAGAUCUCUUCCAGCUGCAGAAGACGCUGCUGGAGCUGAAUGAGUCUCGGAGAUCCAAGAAACUCAGUCCGUUUGAGGUUCUACGCAAUGAAGCCAUUGAUUUUAUCGAUGGCCUAGUGAAGAGUCACCUGUCUCCCCCAGAGUCUCAGACCCUGAACGAAGUCUGCUACUACAGCUCGUCUGCCACAGUGAGACGCCACCUCAACGCUACACCUCGCACCUCCAUUCAGGCUGCUCUCAACACCCCCUACUACUACAUCCAGAAUGACAGCCUGAAGACCGAGGACGGGUCGGUCUCUAAUGCUGCUCCUGAUAUCUGCAUCGCUUACAAGCUGCACCUGGAGUGCGGCAGACUCAUCAACCUCUUUGAUUGGCUAGAAGCUUACGCCACCGUGGUUUCUGGAGCGGAGGGUAACGAUCCAGAUUCUGAAGAUUUUGGGAAAGUGGAUCAAGUCAAACACGCUCGUUUCAUCCAAGCCGUAUCGGAACUCGAGUUUCUGGGCUUCAUUAAAUCCACCAAGCAGAAGACGGACCAUGUGGCUCGACUCACCUGGGGGGGCUGCUGACCACCGGAAGAAAAGACCUGAGCGUCUCCGUUUACUGUGGCGCUUAUCAAGUGGAAGUUGGAUCUAUAUUUGUUAAUGUUUGUUUUGCUAAUAAAAGAUAUGUAGCGAA